GAAAGGAGACACAACUCUGAUGAUGAGAGUGGUCCUGUCAAACAUGAACAUCCUGAUAACUCUACUCUUGAAGGAGCCUACGAUAUAGAGGAUAGAGAUGUUAAUGAGCUAGAUGACGACCAAGAAGAAGGAAGUUUUGAACAAGAAGAUAAUCAGAAAGAGUUCAACAUUGGUGAUAAGCGUCCAUUGGACGAAGACAAUGAUCCAUCGCUUACCAAGUCAGAAUCAACCGCUUUGAAUGAUGAUAAUGAAAGGGGUGAAGGCGAAGGCAAAAAUGAAGGCGAGGAUGACGAGGACGAUGAUGAAGAUGAGGACGAUGAUGAAGAGGACGAUGAUGAUGUUGCAUCCUCAAAAAGAAAAAGAAGAAGAGCUAAUCAGUUUAUUGAUAUUGAAGCAGAAGUUGAUGAUGAAGAAGAAGAAGAAAUGGAUGAAGAUGACGAAGAAGCAGAAUUGCUUAGGCAACAAUUCAUUUCAGAUGAUCGUGUGGAAACUGCCGAUGGUAAAACCGACGAUGGUGAAGAACACCAAGAUGAUCGACUUCACAGACAAUUUGAUCGUCGUCGUCAAGAAGCUGAAGAUCAAGAUGCUGAAGAAUUGGCUGAAACUUUGAAACAACGUUAUCGUAAAACUCAUAGUGUUUAUAGAGGUGAUACUACUGCAAGUGGAACUGUAUCUCAAAAAUUAUUAAUGCCUUCUAUUAACGAUCCGGCCAUCUAUGCUAUUAGAUGUAGUCCGGGUCGUGAAAAAGAUUUAGUUCGUAAAUUAUACGAAAAAAAGAAGACCUUAGCCAGAUCAAAUAAGCCUUUGGAUAUUUUAACUGUUUUCCAAAGAGAUUCUUUCAAAGGUUAUAUUUAUAUCGAAGCUAAAAAACCUGAAGCCAUUGAAAGAGCUUUGGCUGGUAUGGUUAACAUUUAUGCUAAACAAAGACUUUUGGUUCCAGUCCGUGAAUAUCCUGAUUUAUUAAAACAAGUUAAAUCUUCCGACGUGGAAUUAGUUCCAGGUAUCUACGUCAGAAUCAGUAGAGGUAAAUAUAAAGGUGAUUUGGCUAUCGUUGAUAAUUUAUCAGAAAAUGGUUUAGAUGUCCGUUGUAAGUUGGUUCCAAGAUUGGAUUAUGGUAGAAAUGAUGAAAUCACUAAAGAUGGAAAAGUUGUCAAGUCCAAAAUUAAACCCAUUCCAAGAUUAUUUAAUGAGUUGGAAGCAAGGACUUAUGAUGGUGAACAUUUACAGCCUGGUCGUGGAAGUCGUAGUUAUAUAUAUAGGGGUGAAGAAUAUAAUGAAGGUUUUCUUUUCAAAGAUUUCAAAUUACAAUAUAUUCAAACAAAAGAUGUUCAUCCGAGAUUAGAAGAAUUGGAUAGAUUUCAAACUGGUAAUAAUGAAGAAGAUGGUUUGGAUCUUGCAGCAGUUGCCGCUUCUUUGAAAAAUAAAAAUAAUAAUGAAAGUGGACAAAAAAGUGCCUUCCAACCUGGUGAUAAAGUGGAAAUCCGUCGUGGUGAACAAGCCAAAACUGUUGGUAAAGUUUUAACUUCUUCCUUGAAUGAAAUUUCUAUAUUGGUCACUAAUAGUGGGGAUCCAAAAUUCGUUAACCAACAACUUACAGUUCCAUCAAAUGAUUUAAGGAAAGUUUUCGCUCCUGGUGAUCAUGUCAAAGUCAUUGAAGGUAAGCAUUCAGAAGAAACCGGUUUGGUUAUCAAAAUCGAUAAUGAUUCUGUGGUUUUAUUAAGUGAUCAAACAAAUGAAGAUGUAAGAGUCUUUGCUAAUUAUUUGAUUAAAGCUACUGAUGCCUCACUGAGUACUGAUGUUUUUGGUGGUAUGUACGAUAUUAAAGAUUUGGUUCAACUUAAUGCUUCAACUGUUGGUGUCAUUGUUAAAGCUGAAAAGGGCUUAUUUGGUAUUAUCACUUCAGACGGUAGAUUAAUAUCAGUAAAACCAUCUGGUAUUGCCGCUAAGUUGAAAUUAAGCCGUAGAGAACAAAUAGCUACUGAUAAAAAUGGUUCUACUAUCAAAAUUGGUGAUACCGUUAGAGAGGUUUUGGGUGAAAAGAAAAGAGAAGGGGCGAUCUUACAUAUUUAUAAAAACUCCUUGUUUAUUAGCUCUCAUGAUAUUAUUGAAAAUCUUGGUAUUUUUGUUACAAAUAGUUUAAAUGUUAGCACAAUUGCUACAAAAGAUUCUAUAGUUUCUAAAAAUUUGGGCCCUGAUCUUAACCGAAUGAAUCCAAAUUUGAAAUUACCUCCUCCAAUCGCUGCAGCAGGCCUCAAGACUGCUGUUCGUGGCCGUGAUAAAUUAUUAUAUAAAGAUGUUUUAGUUAACGGUGGUAACUAUAAAGGUCUUAUGGGUAAAGUCACUGAUACUGACGAUGUUGAUGCAAGAAUCGAACUUCAUACAAAAUCUAAGAAAAUUAAGGUCAAUAAAACCAGAUUGAGUGUCUUAGUACGUGGUGAAACAAUCCCUUACUUAAGAUUCAUAGGUGCCUCAGAUGCUCCUCGUAGUGGACCACCUGGUGGUUUUGCACAACCAAGGUCUGGGCCCCCUGCUUUCUCCUCCGGUAAUAGAUCUUCCUGGGGUAAUGGAACCCCUGCUGGUAAUUCCUCAACAUGGGGUGGUGCUUCUUCUUGGGGUGGUGGUAAAACCCCUGCUUACAGUUCUGGGGGAGCCUCUUCUUGGGGUGGUGGUAAGACUCCUGCUUACAGCUCGGGAGGUGCUUCUGCAUGGGGUGGUAACUCUGGAAAUGGUGGUGCUUCUGCCUGGGGGAAAGGUAAUGGUGGUGCCUCUGCUUGGGGUAGUGGAAAUGGUGGCGCUUCUGCUUGGGGAAGCGGAAAUGGUGGUGCUUCUGCUUGGGGUAGUGGUGGUAACUCUACUUGGGGUAAGAAUGGCGGUAACUCUACUUGGGGUAGUGGUGGAAAUUCUACUUGGGGUAAUAACAAGAAUGGUGGAUCCAGUACUUGGGGUAGUCGAUAAUUCUACCCAGUUGUAUAAUAGACCCAAAAAAACAAAUAUUAAGACACACAACUAUCUUUUUCCCUUUUAUUUUCAUAAUUUUAUUCAUUUUUUUAUCCACAAAGCUUUUCGAUCUUUGUUUUAUCGUAAUUUGACAUGAAC